AUGGAUCUAGAGCUGUCUCCACAAGUCAUGAUCCCAGAAUCUCAUUUUGAGGCAUUGUUGGCACACACUGACACCUCCCUGCUGGAUGAGAUCAAGGAAACAUCUCAGGUGGAUUCAAGCCUUGACACCAAUCUAGCAGCCAUCUCAGACCCAAAAUCCAUGGCCCACAGUAUGGCACAGAAGCUCAAGGAUUACACAGUUCAGCAUGAUCUAUUUCUCUACCAAGGCAGAAUAGUUGUGCCUGACAAACCUGAGAUUAAGCGGCAGCUGCCAGCUCACUUCCAUGGUUCCCCUGCUUCUGGACACCAAGGAAAAGCACAAACACUAGAGCUGAUCAGCUGCCAUUACUACUGGCCAGCCAAGAGGUUUCAGGUCAAUUGCUACAUGAAAUCCUGUGAAACCUGUUAG